GAAGGAAAGCUAUGGGCGGGAUUUAGUUGUCUGACUUUGUACUUCCCUGUGUGCAUGAUGGGAUCAAUGAUUAAACUGGUUCCUUAGAGAAGUCAGAAAAGCAGAGAUGGUUGCAGCUUGGAGCCUGUUGUGCAGCCUUGCCACUCCUGGCUACAUGUUCCCUCUCAUUCCUGCUGCACCCUGACUAGACACACACACAGCACAUCUCCUAGGUCACUGGGAUGGAUCUAAGUGUUAAGUAAUUCCAUAUGUGCUAAGGGAGGGUUGAUAUUGUGGCACUGGGACAGGAUCCCUUAGCACUUGGUUUAACAUUCAUAACCUUUUGACUAAACAUGGCUAUCAAGUCGCUUCCCGGCAUCUCCUAUAAACAGAUAGUGCUUGUCCUCUUCUGCUGCUCCGCACAGGCUUUUUCUGAAGCACUAUCAUUCCAGCCAGGAAUUUUCUACCAGUACCAUUACAUGCUUGAGUUAAAGGUAAAACAUAUCUCCCAGCCAUCUAUGCCAGAAACAAAUCUCAAGAUUGAUGCAAAUGUUCAGACUUACCUUCUAUGGAGAAAGAAGAGUCAGCCAGAAGAGCAGUUGGUGCAUGUACAGAUACAAGAUUUUACAAUUCACAAAACUAGUAAUAAAGAGGAGAAUUCUGUUAUCAAACACUUGAUAGACACUGGCAACUUGGGUCGCCCUGUUCUUUUCCAUUGGAUAUCUGGGAAGCUCCUCGGUUUGUAUGGCACUAGAGAAGACAACUCUCGGGUCCUGGACUUGAAAAGAGGACUUGUCAGUCUUUUCCAGUUUCAAAAUCUUUCUGGAAUUCAUACAGAGGAGGAUGUUUCAGGGACAUGUUCAGUUACUUACCAGAUAUUUGAGGGCUCCAUCAAGAAGACAAAAGAUCUGAGCAGCUGCACAACAACACGCUAUGGCUUUCAGACUGAUAACAGUGUUUUUGGAGUUUCUUUAAAUUCCACCAGCAAAAGUGAGUUGUCACAUAUUGGAGGUACAAUCCAGACAGCAGUUUCAGAAGAAAGCCAUAUAGUCCAUCUACGUUUGACAUCUUUACUUGGUUCUGAGGUUGCUUCAAGGCAGCACUUGGAACUAAGGUCUUCCAAUCCUGGGCCAACUGAGAUCCCUGAGGACAGUGUUCAAAAGAUACUAGAGUUGCUGCCUGAAAAAUAUCAGAAAAUAGAGAUUGCUUGCCAUCCUCAGAGACGAAAUGAAGGAAGUCAUUUGCUGACAAACUAUUUAAAAACCUCUCCAAAAAAGCUGACUAAACUGGACAUUUCUAAAGUAUCAACAACGAGACAUUUUAAUGCUAUGGUGCAUAUGUUCCGUCAUGCAAAAAAAAGGGAUGUUCUUCAACUCUUACAAAAGGCUUCUGGCGAAUUGGUCCCUUUUUACAUUGAUGCUGCUGUGGGAGCACAAUCAUCCGCUUCUUUAGCAGCCCUCUCAGAGUUCUUGGAUUUCAGUAAAAAGAAGCAGGUCAGCUUGCACGAGAAAUUUCUCUAUUCAGCAGCAUUUGCACCUCAUCCAUCAAAAGAACUGCUCAACCUUGUUUUAGAGAAACUAAAGGGUAAAGUUUCUGACCCAAUCAUUAUGGAAACUGGAAUUGUAAUCAUUGGAGCUAUCGUUGGCAAAAUGUGCAAGAUGAAACUUUGUGAAUUAAAGGAUGUUGAGAUUGCAAAAGCCACACUUGUAGAAGGUUUGUAUGAGACAGAGGAGGAAUCGGAGAUAAAAAUGUAUCUUGUUGCUUUGAAAAAUGCCCAGCUUCCAGAAACCAUACCCCUUCUACUUCAGUAUGCAGAAGAAAAUGGUGGAUCUGUGUCCAGGAAAGCAUUAGCUGCUUUACAAAGCUUCCCAACAGAAAUAUUAUCUACAAAGGAAGUGAAGAGCACUUUAAGAAAGAUUUUCCAUCAAACAUACCAAGAGUUUGAUAAGGCACGUAGGCUGAUGGCAGCAGAGAUAUUGUUGGUAACGGACCAUUCACAGAUGGACCUCAUCAAUAUAAUACUGGGUCUGGAAGACAUGAAUACGGAGGCUUCUAAGUUACUGCUUUCCAAAAUACAGAGUGGACAACAAAUAAAAAAUUGGUUAUGCAAAACAGAGAAUACACUUCUGAGAGACAAAUAUCUGUUUAAUUACAGCAAAUUAUCUCAAUCAGGGAGAUCCACAUUUGUUUCUGGACCAUUAACAGCUACAAAGGAUGUGUCAUCCACCUAUGGAAUAGAUCUUUUGUUCACUGAAUCUGGGUUUCUGAGGCAGAGUAUUUCAGACAUUACAUUAUUUGGCCACAACAACCAUCUCAAGGCAAUGCAGGUUUCAAUUGAAGCCGAAGGCCUGGCGUCUCUGUUUGGGGAUGGAACCGAAGAUGACGAUGAAGACAAAGAUGCAACAGUUGGAAUGUUAGCUGUGUUGUUUGAUGUGCAGCUACGACCAGUAGUAUUUUUCCAAGGCUAUAUGGAUUUGGUGUCCAAAGUAUUUUCAAGCAGUGGAGAGCCAAUGAGUGUUGUCAAAGGAAAUGUUUUGCUUAUUGACUAUCUCCAGAGGUUGCCAAUGCAGUCUGGGCUGCAGGCCAUUGUCGAAUAUCGGGGUGGGCUUGGCUUAGAGGUCUCAGCAAACAUUGAUGUCAGCAUCUGGGAACAGGAAUCCAAAACAAACAUCAACACAAAGGCUUCCCUUGUCUUUGAAUUUACAACUGAAGUGGAUACCUCUUUUUUCCAAGCUGAUAUCAAGGCUCGGGUUGAUUCAGAGACUGCAGUAGACUUUGACUCCAUUAUGAAAUUUUCAGCUUUCCCUAUGCUCAUGUGCCUUGAGCUGCGUCAGAACAACAUGCCUUACAGAGAGACCUACGUUGUGUCCGAAUCACUUCCAGAGAAGAACAUCACAUACACGAAACGAAAAGGACGCAAAGCUACACUAUGGGGGAAAGAUUUUCCUUUUCACAAAUCGAACUCAGAAAUGUGUAGGAGCUUACUGACUGCAGACGAACAAUAAACCCAUUAUCAAAUUCCCUGGCACAAGGGUCACCUAUGGUCACACAACUAUCUGCCCUUAUUCUUACUUUUGUGCAGUCUAUGGGUAACACCAGAUGAACAUUGCACAUUCCUGCAUAUUGAUGUUGUCAUUCAUAAAGUUCCCCCAAUCCUCCCACAAUGGACAGGUCCUCCUGUAAACCCACAGACUUUAACUUUUUCUCUUCCCAAAACAGGAGCAGCACUGAUGACAACCCAUGUUUGUGACAACCCAUGUUUGUGACAGGUUUUUUUUUUUGUUUUUUUUUUAAAUGUGUGGUAAUGUUGUUGCAGCUUUUGACAAAAUAAUAAAAAUAACCAGUAUUUUUAAAAGUAUUCCAAUUUAGCUGAUUACUUCAUUACCCAGAAUGCCUUUAUGUACUGUUGCUAAUUGUGUCCCACUUUACUUUUAUUUUGUAGUUGCUGUGUCAAAAAUCAUGUUAAUUUAAUAGCAAUAGAAACUAUAUUAUGGGUAGAAUGGUACAUAUUGAUUUGAUCAUAGACACUGCUGUGCAUAUUUCCUUUCAAAUUUGUCACUCAAAGACACUCUUUAUAAUAUGGCAAAUGAAUAAAGUCCUCCUUUUACUUAAA